AUGGCGAUCGGCGGGCCCCCCGCGCCGCGAAGCCGUAAAACGGCCGGAACACCGCGAUCGGCCAACGUUUAUAUCUCGCCGAUACGGUGCCCGCGACGGAUUAAGCUGUCAAAACGCUACAAAAUGGUACAGCGACUUACGUUUAGGCGACGAUUGUCGUACAAUACCAAGUCAAACCAGAGGAGGAUAGUUCGAACCCCCGGUGGUCGUCUUGUCUAUCAGUAUGUCAAAAAGCCCAAGAAGAUCCCAAGAUGUGGGCAGUGCAAAAGCAAGCUCCGAGGUAUUCAACCUGCAAGACCUGCUGAGCGCUCCCGCCUCUGCUAUCGUAAGAAGACAGUGAAGCGUGUCUAUGGUGGUGUUUUGUGCCACAAAUGUGUAAAACAACGCAUUGUGAGAGCUUUCCUUAUUGAAGAACAAAAGAUUGUAAAGGUUCUCAAGGCUCAACAGGCGAGUGCGAAAGCAAGUAAGAAAGCCGCAAAG